GGGACUGAGUAUAUCCCAGCCUACGAGACUUCUUUACAGAAUGGCGCCCGAACAGGGACAUGGGGUUUACGAAAUUUUAGACGACCUAAAUAUGGCCUAAAGACCCAUCUGUGUACAGAGAGUUUGAAAAUUUUCGGUUCAGUCCCUUAGAAGCGAAAUUUUUAAGUCGGAACGUAAGGAAAGUCAUACAUCGAGGGACACAAAAAUUUCUAGGGCAGGAAACAGGGAAAUAUAUAUAUAUUUAAAAAUAUACCAACGCAUCGAACAUAACCUCAGAAAAAAAACUUAGAAUUUAAGCAGAGCACAUGGCAUUCGGGAGAACUUAUACAAAAGUAUACCCACACACAGCGAGAAAUUUCUAACGCACGCAGACACACAUACAUGUAUUUCUAAGCAGAGCAAAGUACAUAACCUAAAAUCAGAGAUUCUUUGUUCCAAGCUCACGUGGCCAGCAAAUCAAGUGAGGACGAAACACAUACAGGCAGAUAAUCGGAAAGAGAGAGAGAGCGAGAGCCCUCUAGGCUAGCCAACUCAGCGCAGCCAUUUUGUUUUUUCGUUUUCACUCUCAUCGUCGUCCCUCUCACACGAGGAGGAGUCGAUCAAGUACAGGCAACGGGAUAAAAUCGUUGGGGGCUUCUCAUAUAACCAUCGCCGAGUCAACACGUGCAUCGGCAGCUCUCAAAAACAUCGUCGUGGAAAAAUUUAAAACUACAUCGUCGUCGAACAAAAUUCAAUCACCGUCGAGAAAAUUUAGGAAUUAAAUCGUCGUUUGACAUCGGAUUGUGGUCACCAUCGUUGCACGUGGGAAUUCAGUGAAUUCUUGGUAACAAAUAAAAUAAAAUUUUCAAUGAAGAUUUUAACCAGUUCGAACAUCGUUUGACCCUCGUCCAAGAAUUUCUCUCGUCCUAUCGAAACUUUUCCUGUCGUUUGCCAGUUAACUAUUAUUUCACAGCAAUAUGGGGGCGCGUUGGAUUUCGUAUCUCCGGAAGCGGGAAUUGGAGGCGAUUCUGAAGGACUUUUCCUUGGAAGCAACCGGAACAGUUGAGGAAAUGAGGAGCCGGCUGGCUGCUUUUAAUAAUCGGGACGACCACGUGCUGGAGAUAGCCGAGCGGCUACAGGAAUGCGAGGCGGAAAUUACAGCCGCCCUAACGGAUAGGAAGCAGCGUUCACCGACUCCGAACCCACACCCACCGGGUCCAACACAGCUUCAGGUGCCAGCACUGGAAGGCAGAGGUGCCGCCGAUGUAGUCGGAGACACGGAGAUCCAUCCGGUCAAGCGGGAAAUUUUUCCCAGGAAAUCAGAGAUGUCCGCAGCCACGCUAGCGGAAAAGCUGAAGAAUUGGGGAAUCACUUUUGACGGGACCACGGACCCCAUAACCUUCAUCCAACACCUCGAGGAACGAGAUGCCGCAGGCCAUCCCUGGUCUUUUGACGGAUACAGCUGAGCACUGGUUUCGGACAAGCCAGCUGCUAGGAAAAUCUUGGACGAACUUCAAGAAGGCGUUUCUUGACUUCUUUCUGCCACCCAGGUACUUUCAGCGACUCGA